GGCUCGGACGCACACCACCAGAGAUCGUUUGGAUAAUAUCAGAAUAUUUGCUGUGGAACAUUUUUUAUGAUUAUUGCUGUUAUUUCGAGCUCCUGCGUGGAAAGCUCGAAGUCGGCGGGAGAACACUCAUGCCAGACCAGGCAGGGGUAGAAGGAGUAUAAACACACUUUAACCGGGUCGGCGUGGAGGAGGAGAGCGUCACGUUCAGCUGGUGGAGCAACGAGCACAAACUCAGGGAUAUGUCCAGUAACACCGGGAGAGGUCAUGGGGGUCUUAACCAACUAGGUGGAAUGUUUGUUAAUGGACGCCCGCUUCCGGAGGUGAUCCGGCAACGCAUUGUGGACAUGGCCCAUCAGGGGGUUCGGCCUUGUGACAUCUCCCGGCAGCUUAGAGUCAGCCACGGCUGCGUCAGCAAGAUCCUGGGACGCUACUAUGAGACAGGCAGCAUCAAGCCCGGUGUGAUUGGCGGCUCCAAGCCCAAAGUGGCCACUCCUAAGGUUGUGGAGAAGAUCGCUGAGUACAAGAGGCAGAAUCCCACCAUGUUCGCCUGGGAAAUCAGAGACCGGCUGCUGGCGGAGGGAGUGUGUGACAGUGACACAGUGCCCAGCGUGAGCUCCAUUAACAGAAUAAUCCGAACGAAGGUCCAGCAGCCGUUUAACCUUCCUCUGGAUGGAAAAGGCCUGAGUCCAGGGCAAACUUUGAUUCCCAGUUCUGCGGUCACCCCUCCAGAAUCCCCGCAGUCGGACUCUCUGGGUUCAACUUACUCCAUCAGUGGCUUGCUGGGUAUUCCUCAACCCAACGGCGAAGGCAAAAGGAGCCACGAUGACAGUGAUCAGGAGAGCUGUCGGCACAGCGUGGACUCUCAGGGCAGCGGAGGCAUCCCGAGGAAACAGAUGAGAGUGGAUCACUUCCCCACAGCCUCGCAACAUCUGGACUGCGGCUUCGAUCGUCAUCACUAUCCUCCGGAUUCAUUCGGAUCAGCAGCAAACAGCAAAACCGAGCAGACUCUAUACCCGCUGUCCCUCAUCAAUGGUAGCCUAGACGAAGCCAAGACCAGCCUCUCAUCUUCGAGCUCUGCCAUUGGACGAAAUCUGUCGGCACACCAGAGCUACACCAUGGUGACUGAGCCCGUACAGACCCUGCCACUUUGUCUAAAACAGGAAAUGUCCCCAGAAGUGACCAGCACAACCCCCUCCCCAAACAUGGCAGCCUGUAACCUGGCUUUUGUGGAGCUGCAGGCGCUGCAGAAACCCAUUUCUGUCAGCAGCAGCAGCUGCAGCGGCAGCAGCAGCAGUUCCAACCAUUUCCCCAACGCCUUCAACUCAUUCUCCCAUCAUGCACCAGUGUACGGGCAGUUCAGCAGUCAGUCUGUCAUCUCAGGGCGCGACAUGGUGAGCUCCACCCUCCCUGGCUACCCACCUCACAUCCCCUCCCCUGCUCAGACGGGAUACUCUUCCUCGGCAAUCACGGGAAUGGUAGCAGCAGGUGCAGACUACUCGGGUCAGUCCUACAGCCACUCGCCCUACACCUCGUACAGCGAAGCCUGGAGGUUCACCAACUCCAGCUUACUGGGCUCGCCCUAUUACUACAGCUCGGCCUCCCGCACGGGCCCACCAUCUGCAGCCGCCUACGACCACCUCUAGUCCUCGCUGCUCGCCUCAGUCCUGAUGGGCCUCCACGCCACGGUAAAGACUGGAGACCUUACCAUCAGCUGAUCUGAUGUGGACCGAGACACGCAGCUCUAAACUGGAUAUGAACUCGAGACUUCUACUGAUGACCCAGCAACACAUUUUUUCUCUCCUUCUCGUCCUCUCACGGUCAUCCUAAGCCUGCUCCUGUAUUUAUUUGCAGCCACAGACACCGUUUCCCAGGGUAGCUGUGACUCAUGCACGUUUACACACUGCUAACCACGACCUCCUCCAGGGCUUGUUUCCACAGACUCCACAGGAGCAUAUUUUCAGUAUGAAUCUAUUCAGCGCUGUUUCGGCCAAAGACUGUUUUCUUUCUUCUUCUUUUCUUUUCCUGGCACAUCUGCAACUUGACUCCACUGAUCCAGUGAAUAAGGGAUAUGCAACUUCUUUGUACUGAACUAUGCCUGCUUUGUUUACAACCUUUAUUUUUUUCUUUGUUUUUAAGAAGAGGGAAAAAAAACUGAAUCCUAUCCUAUCACCACAAAUCAAUUUCUAUUCUCGAUCUACUUGUAUGCUUGCCUGCAAAUUCAGUUUGUGAUUAUUAUUAUUUUAUUUUUUGUUACUGUAAAUUCUGAUUUUUCUGUUGGGGGAAAAAAAUCACAGUUACAGAAGAAAAGCCUCCAUACGCCCCUCAAAGACAAUUACAUAUCUGUCCAGCAAUAUGUACAUAAUGUAAAUGAAGAAUUACUUUAUGGGGGAAGUGAUGCAGUUUCACUAAGAGGGGAGGGGGUGGGGGUGAUGAUGAUUUGGCCACUAAAAACCAACAAGGCUUGAAAUACGUUUGUUUUUGCUUUAGUUAAAUUGAGUUUGUUGUCAUGCUGAUGUUCUGAUGUUUGGUAAAAAC